UAUCUCUCCCAGGAACUGGGUAUCCGCUUUGAUCACUUCGCCGAGGUCAUAAUGCAAACCCUCCUGAAUUUGAUUCCGAACAGCGCCAAAAUCAUGUCUACCAGCGGUAUUCAGGCAGUAAUGUUUAUAAUCAAGAACACCCACGCCGCCCGUCUGCUUCCCAUAAUCGUUGGCGGACUCUCCUCCAAAUCCAACGUUGUGAGAAGGUACGUGUGCGAAUUCCUCGACCCCAUCUGCCAGUACUGGCCCGUCAACGUGAUCGACAAAUACAUGGGCCUCUUCCAAGAAUCUCUGAGGAAGGGUAUCUCUGACGCCGACCAAGAUGCAAGAUCCGCCUCACGAAGGUAA